AUGCUAUAUAAAACUCAGCUUUGUUCUUUUUAUGCAAAAGGUAUUUGUGCAAGAGGCAAUAAAUGUAGCUGGGCACAUGGUCAGUUAGAUGUUAGACCAAUGCCCAAAUUCUACAAAACAAGAAUGUGUUACACAUUUUUAUCAGGAAGUUAUUGUGAAGCUUCUAAAUGUACUUUUGCUCAUACAGAAGAAGAAUUAAGAGGAUCAGGAAAAGCCCUUAGAUUGUGUACAAAAUAUUUCUUAGAUGGUUAUUGCAACAAAGCAGAUAAAUGCCCAAUGGCUCAUAACAUAAAUCAACUUGAUCCUUCUGUUAAGUUUUCUUCAACAGAAUUAAUGAAUAGAGUGUAUAAUAAUGAUGAAAAUUUGAAUUAUAAAAAUAAGUUAGAUUUAAAAAAUAAUGAAAAUAAUAUGUAUAUGAAAAAUGAUGAUCAAAAUAAUCAAGAAGAUAAUAAAGAAGAUAAUUACAAUAUCAUUAGCCAAUUUAAUGAAAACGAACAAGCUAUAAAAAAUCCAAAGAAAAAUACACUUAAUUUUUAUUCAAAUAAUGAUAAAAAAACAUACAAGGAAUAUUUACUAGAAAAUAAUCUAGAAAAUGAUUAUUUCAAUGAAAUGAAAAAAAAAAAGGAAAAUGAAAAUGUUUUUUUCAAUAACAGUGACCCUUUAAUUAAUAAUGAUUGUAUAAAAAAUAAAAAUACAAAAAAUGAUUUCAUAAAAAAUGAAUUUUUAAAUAAUCAUGAGAAUUUAAAAAAUGAUUAUCAUCAUAAGAAUGAAGAUUUUGCAAAAAACAAUGAAUUUUUAAAAGUAAAUGAGAAGCUAUCCCCCAGUGAAUACAACUAUAAUCAAGAAUUAAAUGGAAGAGAAAGCAAAAAUUUUAAAUUAUAUACAUAUAAAAACGAUGACAAUAUUGACAUGCUUAAUAAUUAUGAAAAUUUUAAGAAUAUGAAUAUCAGCAGUAAAACGAGAUUAAUUAAUGAUUAUUAUAAAAACAGUAUUUCAUCAAUAGAGACGAAUAUGCAAAAUAUUGAUAACAUACAUUUAGAGAAGUUAAAAAAUUUAAGAAAAAUAGAAAAGGCAAAUUUAUCAUCCAAUGCAAAUUGUAACUUAAACUUUAAUUUAUUAAAUAAAAUGGAUAAAAAUGAUAUAGAUUUUGAAGAAGAAAAAAUUGUUUAUAAUAAAUCAAAAAAAAAAGAUACUGUAGAAAAUUCUGUAUUUGAUUCUAAUACUACCUAUGAAAAUUCAAAAAACAAUUCCAAUUAUUAUUGUGAUAAUAUUAUAAAUUUAAAUAAAACAAAAGAAAAUUUAGAAAACUGUGAAAAUGAUAGUUUAAGUUUUAGCUACAAGAGCAACAUGACCAAUGAAAAAAAUGUUAAUCAACUUAAUUUAGAUAAUCUUAUAUACAAUAUAAACAAUAUUAAUUUAGUAAAUAUGAAUAAUGAAAUGGAAGCUAAAAAUAAAAAUAUAAAAUCUGUUGUAAUGAAAUCAAACAAAAGUAAAGUUCAAAAUUGUGAAAAGACAAAUAUAGCGAGUUUAAAAGAAGAAAAUAAAUCAGAUAACGAAAAAUAUUUCCAUGAAGAUAUUAAUUCGCAGUAUGUUAAUAAUUCAGAUUAUAAUAUUAAAAAAUACCUUCUUUUAAAUAAGUACAUAAUUGAUAAUUCUAAUAAGUAUAAUGAGCAAUUACUAGUAUCAAAAAAUGCAAACAGUGAUAUCGAUGACAAUAUAUUAAAUAAUUAUAAUUUUAAAAAUAAUUAUACCAAUUCAAAUGCAAAUAAUAUAUACAAUGGUAUAAAUUUAAGUGAUGGAAUAAAUAAUAUAAAUGGUAAUAGUUUAAAAAAAAAUCUAAAUAAUUUAACUAAUACCAAGAAGAAUAUAAAUAAUAACACAAGUAAUAUUAAUAAAUUGAACAUAGACAGUAUUAAUGAAAUAAAAAAGUUUAAAAAUUUAGAUAAUAAUAAUGUGGAAAAUUUAAAUAAUCACAAUUUCAAUAAUGGUGAUAUAACUGCAAACGAAGAGAAUGAUGAUGAAAAUUCUAAUGACUUUAUUUUGAAAAAUUUAAAUAACAAUAUAAAUAAAAAUAUCCUUUUAAAUAAUAAAAUAAGUAUGCUAAAUAAAAAUAUAAAUAAUGAAAAUGUAGAUCAUUUAAACAAUGAAGAUGACGAAGAAAUUAUAAAUAUCAAAAACAAUAAUGAAAUUAUUAAUAAUCAUAUAGAACAUAAAAGAAAUAUGUAUAUGUUAAAUGUAAAUAACAUGAAUUUUAUGAAUAAUAUUGAUAUAAAUAGAAUUAAUGAUAAUAUAAAAAGUAAGUUAAAUAAUAUUAAUGAAAAUAUCACAAAUUUUGAAGAUAUUAAUAAGAUUCUAAUAAACGAAAAUCCUAACAAUAUUAAUUAUAAUUUAGAUAAUUUUUUGAAUAAAAAGAAUGUAGAUAAAAUGACUAAUAGUUUAGAAAACAGUUCCAGCAAUUCUAAUAAUUUAAAAUAUUUAAAUAGAAAAAAUCUUAUAUAUAAAUCUAAUAAUUUUAAUGAAAAUAUGAAUUUAGUAGAUAUAUGUGCGUUGAAUAGUAAUAAUAAUAUAAAAAGUGUUGAAAUGAAUACAAACAUAAACAAUGGUAUGAUAAAUAAUAAUAUGAGUAGUGGUAGCAAUAAUAAUAACAAUACCACUAAUAAUAUUAAUAAUAACAAUAAUAACAAUCAUGUUAAUAAACAUAAUAACACCAAUAGCAUUAAUUGUAAUAAUAUAAGUAAUAAUAAUAAUGAAAAUAAUAUCACUAAUAACAUUAGUAGCAAUGAUCAUAAUUAUUAUUUCAAUGAUUAUAAUAAAAUAGAUAUUUCUAAUUUAGCAAAAUAUAAUUAUUCAAAUAAUUAUAUAGAUACAAAUAAAAAUAAUUAUAUUGCAAAUAAUAAUUCAGAAAUGUAUGAAAUUUCUUAUAAAAAUGAUGAAGGUUUUACUAAUUAUAUUUAUAGUAAUAAAAAUGAUAUAAUUAAUAAAAGGAAAAAUUCAUCUAAUAUUAAUGUAAAGGAUGAUCAUAUAUUAUAUUUUAAUAAUAAAAAUGGAAAAAAAAUUUUAAAAAACUUUAAUCCUUUAACUUAUAGCUUCAGUGGACUAUGCGAAUGUUUAAGCAAAAAUGAAGAAAUAAAAAAUAAAGAAUAG